AUGGGCAGCAUUCCGUUAGACCUUCAAACCGACGCCUCACAUCGGCUGUAUGGCAAGUCACCGUGGUGGAAAGAUGCCGUCUUUUACCAAGUCUACCCGGCCAGCUUUGCCGACAGCAACGGGGAUGGCUGGGGUGACAUCCCGGGCUUGAUCACAAAACUUGAUUACCUCGCCGACCUUGGCGUCGACUGCAUCUGGCUAUCGCCCGUCUUCGAUAGCCCUCAAGCUGACAUGGGAUACGACGUUUCGGACUAUCAGAGUAUAUAUGCGUCUUAUGGCACCGUCGCUGAUAUUGACGCCCUGCUUGCCGGCUGUCAUGCCAGGGGGAUGAGACUCAUUCUAGAUCUGGUGGUCAAUCACACGAGCAUCGAGCAUUCGUGGUUCAAGGAGAGCCGGAGGAGCAGGGCAAGCCCAAAGCGCCACUGGUACAUAUGGCGGCCGGCACGAUAUGACCCCAUCACCGGUGAAAGGCUGCCUCCGACGAACUGGCGGGGUUACUUUGCCGGCUCAACCUGGACAUGGGAUGAGAAGACGCAGGAGUACUACCUCCAUCUGUACGCUCCCGAGCAGCCUGAUCUGAACUGGGACAAUGAGGACUGUCGACGAGCUAUCUACGAAGAGACCAUGAACUUCUGGCUCGACCGUGGAGUUGAUGGCUUUCGUAUAGAUACGGUCAACAAGUAUUCCAAGGGGAACUACGUCGACGUCCCAAUAACGGACCCUGGCAGCUAUGCACAGCCCGCUCCGGAAAUGUGGUGCAACGGUCCUCGUGUCCACGAGUACAUCCGUGAGAUGGCAGCCAACACACUCCACCGAUAUCCCGGCGCCGUCAGCGUUGGGGAGUUGAGCAACAUGACAAAAGGCCCUUCACAGGUCCUCGAAUACGUAUCAGCGUCGCGCAGCGAGUUGGACAUGGUGUUUGAGUUCUCAGCCAUCAGGCUGGGGACCGGGGAUGGAUUUGGUGCCAAGUACAUAUACACACCAUUUCCAUUGUCCCGCCUCAAGCGCAUCACAGAAACGUGGCAGGCCUUCAUUGAGGGUACGGACGGCUGGACCACGGCAUUCGUUGAGAAUCACGACAACGGCCGGGCUGUGUCCAGGUUCGGCGACGAUCGCUCGCUCGGGGCGUGGCGGGCCAGUGCGAGAUGCAUUGCACUGUGGCAGGCUACGCUGACGGGGACGUUGUUCUUGUACCAAGGGCAGGAGAUUGGGAUGACUAAUAUGCCGGAAGAUUGGGGCAUCGAGGAAUACAAAGAUGUUGAGAGCCAGGGCUUUUACAAGGAGGCGGUUGGCAGUAGUGAUGCGAACAGGCUAAACAAGACAAUGCAUGGCCUGAGGAUCCUCGCGCGGGACCACGCCCGGCUGCCGAUGCGAUGGGACGGCGAUGCGCCCAAUGCCGGAUUUGGGCAGUCUAGAGAUGGCUGCAAGCCGUGGAUGCGAGUCGUCCAAGACGCAGAAUGCCGCGGUGGUGGCGCGGAGGUUAGCGUGGCCGCGCAGUCUGGCAGAAAAGAGAGCGUUUUGGAGUUCUAUCGACUCGUGCUGGCGCUGAGGAAGAAACACCGGGGGCUGAUGGUACACGGCAGCUUUAAGCUCCUCGAUCCGGACCAUGAGUCCAUAUUUGCAUAUGUCAAAGAGGAAAGUCAAGGCAACCACGUCAAAGAGCACAACGGGAUAGUUAAAAAGUGUGUUGUUGUGCUCAAUUUCUCAGGAGAGGAACAAAGCUGCGUCGACAUUACUGCUGCAAUGGGCUGUGCACAGUCAGACGUACGAUUACUGGUUGAUACUGUCGUGGGCGAACCGGAGGAUGGACGGGUCACAUCAACACCAGCACUGGGAGGGUGGGAAGGGAGAGUGUAUGUCAACUUUUAG